AUGAACCUUUCUCGCCCAGGUAGUUUAACAACAUGCUUCAAGGCGAUCUUGGACGGCGAAACGGUGCUCGAAGAGGCCGGCAAAACGGCCAUAGCGAAAGAGUGGCGUCUUGCAAUUUCAGAAUUGUGGGAGAAGUACGAAACUUGUGCCAAUGAUCCAUCAAUCUUCGUCAAGCUCAGUGUAAAGGAGGGGAGGCUUGUGUCCGAGGCUGAACGUCGACCUGCGUUCUGGAGCGCUUACGUCUGUGACUUCCCGACACUCGUGGACGUGAUAGGAAAGAAGCCCAAGUUUCCCGUUUCUGUUGUGGACUAUGAUGACGUUAUCGUCUAUGCGCACCAUGAACAGCGUCACGUCAAGCUGGUUUACCUAUUUUCCAGAUCCGAAGUUGGUGAGCUGUAUUUGUUUCAUGGCUUUCAUUUCAUGGAUUUUAUGGGUGAAGUGGGCGGGUUUCCUUCUGCAAGGGGUUGGAAAAAGACUUUGAAGGCCCAGGCAGCUGAGCAAGUGACAUUUGUGCUGGCGAAGGCACCAGAUUUGAGAGGCCCUCGUGUUGUGUGCGCCUAUCUUGAGCCUUGGGGCGAGAGUGUGGAUGCCUACCGUGAACGGGUUGCCUUGGGUGGAAAGGUUUGGACAGAUUACUUGGAUUAG